AUGUCUCGCUUCCCCACCAUUCCACCCCAACAGUGCACCGAGGCCCAGAUUGGUGUGCACAAUGACACCGCGCAGAUAUUUUCUCGACUUCCCAGUCAUAUUGUGUCGAAGGAUGCCGAAGGUCAACUACUUGGCCCAUAUUCUCCGCUUCUUUACACUGAAGAUAUCUCACAGACCUGGUUUGCACUGGCCUUCGCGGUUAUGCGCCAGAAACGACUGAGCGUAAAAGAGAAAGAGCUUUGUAUCCUCGCGGUUCUAUCCAGAUACGACGCGCCAUACGUUCAUUAUGCCCACUCCGAAAUCGCGGUCCGCGUGGGUUUCACCAAGGUUCAAGUUCAGUCUGCACUCCACGGAAAGCUCCCGGAAGAACUUGACGAGCGAGAGUCGAGCGUUUAUAACCUAUCACUUCACCUUGCCAAUCAAAGACGGCCAAUGGAAGACUCGGUUUUCGAAGAGGCAAGGAAAACAUUGGGUCGUGACGAGAUCGUAGGUGUUGCCCACAUUGUGAGUGGCUACAUAUAUGUAGCCAUGCUCACCAACAUAAGCAACCAAGGCGUCCCAGAGGCAGGCGAAGACAUGUUCCAAGCAACCAAGAACCCGAAAUUGUAG